GCGCGCCCUGCCGCCGGGUCGUCGGCCGUGUCGUCACCGCGGCGCCUAAUGGCCCGGCAGGGCUCGCGGCCGUUUAUAUAGGGUGGCCGCGCGGCAGCGGCGCCACUAGCAGACAUGGCUGCGACUCCCCGGGCGGCGCCGCUGCCCCAGCUGCUGCUGCUGGCGCUAGUGCUGCUGGCGCCAGCGGUCCGCGCCGCCGCCGCCGCCGCGCCCCUCAGGACGCCGCUGGACAGGGUGGACGUGGACAAGCUGCUGGCGAGCGCCCGCCUCGUCGAGGCGCACCUGCGCUGCGUGCUGGAGAACAGGGACUGCAACGCCGACGGCCGCGCCCUUCGCGACGUCAUCCCGCGGGUGCUGAAGACGGGCUGCAACGACUGCACGGAGCGCCAGCGGCACAACGCGACGCGCGUCAUCUGCUUCCUGAUCAAGUCGCGCCCGCGCGACUGGGCGCGCCUGGUGGCGCACUACGACGAUCACGGCGUCUACCGCAAGAAGUACCAGCACCUGCUGGAGGAGGCGCGCUGCAUCCCCAGGGAGGACAUCCCGGCCGCGCUGGGACACGCGGGGCGCUAGCGCGGCCCGGCCGCUCCGGACUUCUUGCCGCGCGCAGCCGCCUAGUUCUCACUACUCUACUGUGCGUCAUGGCAACACUGUACUGUUACACGUUAGAAGAUACCACACUAAGAAGCACUUGUCUUUAUUUCCAAUGGAGUUACAGGCGUUGGACAGACGCUCUGAACACCCAUGUGAUACACAGCCUAGAGCACCUGUGACAACAAAAACAGCCUACUCAUACCUCAUGAUUGUAGUGUGUAAACUGUUAAUGGUGUUCAAUGAAUUUUACUGCUCCCCCCUAAGACACUGUGUGAUUUAUUCAUAGACAUUAAUUGAGGCUAAACGGCCAUUACUUGUUUUUGCAAUGAGAGAGCGUUAUCGUACUGGAAUAUUCCAGUCAUCUUCUGAAAACCAUAGGACUUAUCUGCGGGCCACAAUAUUAUUGCUAAAACUAUUGGCCGUCACGGUCACAGAACUCUGCCCCUUUAGGGGGAGGAGGAGGCUGUUAAAUAUAAAUUGUUUUUCGUUUUAGUCCUAAUAUUGUCCACCAAUGCAAUAGGGGUCUGUAAACUACCAAGGUGGUUACCCUGAAAAUAGUCCUAUGCGAGGCACCAGCAGUCUGCAUUUCACUUGCAAGCGUUUCCAGUUCUCCGUAGCUGAAAGAAAACUCUCACUUGAUACUGCGAGGUAGCGAGGUAUCAGCUACUGGAAUCACGUAACCAAGAAAUGCUUAAAAAAAUCCAUAUAUUCGAAUUUUCUUUGUAUCACAGUCACAAAACAAUAACAUUUUAGGUACCGGUGACUUACUUUCUUUCCCCAGCACCUGGCACACAGUUCAGACCAAAAAUCUUAUUCGAAGUUCUGUUAAAUACACACUCUGUUUGUAUUACACACAGGUCGGGUUAGUGAAAGAUAGUUCAGCUCGCCUAAAAUUGGAAAGUGUAAUGUUUCCACUUGCAAAGCGUAUUCAGAAUGUGGAUGGCGUACAAAAGCGAGCUAAGCUGGAACGGAUGAGACAAACUCCUGUCUAAUGUUCAUACGAAGGUUCAAUGGUGUACAGUAUGAAUCAAGUACGACCAUAGCAACUUGACCCGUUCGAGCCUAGUGGGUAGGACUGUAGCUACCAUCGUAUGUGAACACACGCAAACUCCCUCACCGACUACGACUCACUGAUACCGAAUGCUAUAAUGGCGUUGCUUGUAUGCCCUUGGUACGGAGGGCAAACGAAACCAUUCUCUUUCUGACCAUCAGCGCACCCUACUAUGUGCUUGUAAAGCACCUUCCUUGUCGCAUUAAAUUUGUAAUAACUCUCCCAACCUACUGUUUGUGCGAUAAACAAUUAUUUAAAGGACAUACCAUUCAAAUUCUGUUUGCUUCAGUAAAUAUUGCUUUUACGAUUUUUAAAUAGAACUUCAAGAAGUCAUAGUCCUCCGAUCUGUGCUUUCUGUCCUCGCUGUACUAUUAAAUAAAGUAUCAAUGCCCGUAAAAUUUGGUAUCAUUUUAAAACCAAAACAAGGUGCUGUAAUAUCUAGACCCUCACUUACAUCUAAAGAGUAGAUAGUCUGCUACGUUUACCAUAUUCUAGGCCAAAAUUGGCAAUAAUUUUAAAAACUUGUAAAAUAUAGAACAUAACGCUACGGAAACUUUCAUACCAUGUCUUUGUACUAAAUCACAUUUAUUAUUAAAAUGUCAACACAGUACCUUCAAAUUUCA